GCCCUCCGCCUGCAGCCGAAUGAAAGCUCAUCAGUUUCCCUGACGCGGAGUAUCCAUCUGUGGAGAAAGAAGAACGCAGAACAUUAUUAAAGUGCAGUUUAGCAGAAGUGUCGCUUCUCGGACGCUUUUUCCUGCAGUGGAUAUCUGUUGAAUGGAGUUGAAGUCUGGAGACACUUUUCUCCCCAAGCUGCGCGUAAAUGCAGCUUUGCGCUACUUUAUUCUUGCGCGGAUUUAACCGCUAAGAAGAUCUUAUAAGCUGUGUAUGUGCGUUUUGGAGACCUAGUUUAUUUUCAUAAAAGAAAAAAACUGACGACAUGGAAUAUUCCAACUCUGUGAAGUGGGAUCGGGAUCCCUCGGAGUGAGUGACCAUGUAGUUGAAGGUAAUGAGCUGGUGCUGCAGACACCACAGCACAAAAGUCCAGCCAGUAAUCCAUUAUUUCCCACCCUGGCUCUUUUGGAAAUCUCAGAGUAGAGUUUGGACAGUUUCUCUGCAGCCAGCCUCCUUCAGAGAUGGAUUUGGGUGCCAUCAGCCUUCACUGGUUACUGUGCCUAUACUAACCUUUGGAAUCAUCAGUGUAGCUGUUGGUGAGAAACCCAACAAAAGGCCCAGGAUGCCAGGAUGCCCAUCACUCAGGACAACGCCCUCAGCAUCCUCCCAUUGCUGGAGGACUGGCAGGGGGAACAAAGCACAAGAUCCCAGCAGGAGCACAACCUGAAUCAGGACAGUUCUGGCAUCAAGCAUGUGGAUCAGGACUCCAACCAGAAUGGGGAAGGGGAUAGUGUGUGCAGUAGCAGCAGUGUUAGCAGUGUUAAUGUGGAGGACAAGUCCCUGUGUCUGGCUGCCAUUCAGAAGUUGGUGGAGUACAUUAAGUUCAACUUCAUGGAGGGGGACACAGCUCCGUCAGCUAGCCCAUCCCUCUGCAGAGAGGGGUUAGAUGUCGAGGUUCAUGCCGUUUUCCUCAGUAAAGACGAGGGGGAUACUGCUGAGUUUGGCCUCAGCUUUGGGAACAUCCCCAUUUUUGGGGACCCUGAUGGAAGAAAGAAGGGAGGGCCGAGAAGGAGGCGGGACCAGGGCCCCAUAAUGGAUGUGGGCUGCAUCUGGGUGACAGAGGUGAAGAAGAGGAGCCCAGCAGCCCGCUGUGGGAGGAUUAAACUCAGAGAUGAACUGCUCUCACUGAAUGGGCAGCUGAUGGUUGGAGUAGACGUCAGUGGAGCCAGUUACCUGGCUGACCAGUGCUGGAAUGGAGGCUGUGUCUACCUGAUCAUGCUGCGGAGAGUCAAACGAAAGGCUCCCCUCCCUCCUUGUGAUGUGAAUGGCAUAGUUAGUACCCAUGUCUGCAAUGACAGCUUUGAAGACCAGCAGCUAGGCAGAGCUGCCUCUGAGCCCUCUGACGCACCAGCAAACUGCAAACGCACAAGAAAGUUUGGUGUCAUAUCACGAUCAUCCUUUAACCGAGACAACAGGGACAGUACUGACUCAGAACUCCAGAGCUGCUACAAUGGUUACAGUUCUUCUGUUCCCACUAAUGCAGAAGUCAGUUCUCCAGGCAAUGGCGCAGGUUACAUCCUCUCCACACAUACACCCACAGAAGAAAGCCCAGACACCUCUCUUCCGGUGAGAGCACUUCCUCAGCAUGUGCAUAGUGGAGGCACCGCCACCCUGCCAGCGAGAUGUCACAGUCAGCCGUUGAAAUGCAAAAUGGAUUCGUUCAGCAGUGAAUCUUCAAGCCAGCCCAGAGAUGGCAGCCACAUCUGGAAGAUGCAUCUGGUGAAAGGUCAGGAGGGCCUAGGCAUACAGAUAACAGGGGGGCGGGGCUCCAAGCGCUCUCCUCAUGGCAUCAUUAUAGCUCAUAUAGAGGAGGGGGGUGCCAUUCACAGGGACGGGCGUCUUCAUGCUGGUGAUGAGCUGCUGAUGAUAAAUGGUCAGUCUCUGGUAGGUCUCACUCAUCUGGAGGCUGUCGCUAUUCUCCGCUCUACUACUGGUCUGGUCCAACUGGUGGUGGCCAACAGGGAGGAGUCAGAAGUGGGUUUUGAGCGCUUCCCUUCCACCAGUCUGCCAGACCUGGUCAGCACCUGCAGCUCCUCGUCCUCUCUGUCUCACACUGCUGUCCCUCGUUCACCUCAGAUUUCCAACAGCAGCACAAAUCUGCACAACCCCUUCCUGUUAUCUAACCUGGAAAAACUCGAAGAACAAAGUAAGGUCGAGGCACCCAAAGGAUCCUGCAGCAGCCCCACACCCAUGAAGCUCUGCAGUCGAUCCCAAGGGGGGAGCAGUCGCCUGGAGUCAGUGGGUGAGGAUGAUGAGCUGUUUGUGGAGAACGGUGUGAGCAGCUGUGAAGUGGUCGAGAAGCCUCCGCCUGGCCGACGUAAACACUCUCUACCUCAACAACUAGAUACUGCUGGAGUGAGACAGGAGUAUCAGAUAAUUAAGAAAUCAGCCCGCUCCCUGAGCACUGUUCAAGUGGAGUCUCCAUGGCGACUGGCACAGCCAUCUAUUAUCUCCAGCAUAGUGCUGAUGAAAGGCCAGGGCAAGGGCCUGGGAUUCAGCAUUGUUGGUGGGCAGGACUCAGCACGUGGUCAGAUGGGGAUUUUUGUUAAAACCAUUUUUCCUCAUGGAGCUGCAGCAGCUGAUGGACGAUUGAAAGAGGGAGAUGAGAUUCUGGAAGUGAACGGAGAGUCUCUCCAAGGACUCACACACCAACAGGCCAUCCAGACCUUCAAGCAAUUGAAAAAAGGUGUCGUGACCCUGACGAUUCGAACUCGUCUGCGCAGUCCCAGCCUGACACCCUGUCCGACCCCCACCCUCCUCAGUCGCUCCAGCUCACCCAACUCCAAUACCAGUGGAGGAACACCUGUCCCCUCAGGGUUUGAAGAGGCUGAUGGCCGCAAGGGCCCUGGUCCCGGUCCAAAAGACUGCGUCAUCAUGGAGGUCACACUUAAUAAAGAGCCUGGUGUUGGUCUGGGGAUUGGAGUUUGCUGUCUGACCCUGGAAAACUCUGCUCCUGGCAUCUACAUCCACAGCUUGGCACUGGGAUCUGUGGCCAAGAUGGAUGGCAGGCUCAGCCGGGGAGAUCAAAUACUGGAGGUUGACUCAGACAGUCUUCGACAUGCUGCUCUCGGUGAGGCUUAUGCCAUCCUCAGUGAAUGUGGCCCAGGACCAGUCAGUCUCAUUAUAAGCAGGCACCCAAAUCCUAAGGUAUCAGAACAGGAGAUGGAUCUCAUUAUAGCUCGAUCCUCACACAGGGACAAAAUGAGCAGGAACAGACACUCAACUUACUCCCAAGGUCUGUCCUGUAAGAGCCCCUACCCAACGAUGAAGGACAGACAGGGAAGUGGCUCCCCUGCUCUCAGCUGGACCAUGAAGAGAUUCCUUGAGCCUGCCAGCAGACAGGGGUCCCUGAGCUCUGAGACAGAGUUAUCUCAGUACUUCUCCCAGGACGUGUCCAGCCACUCGUUCCUGUCUGACUCCAUGCUCAUGGGCUUGAACAGUGACGAGGCUCUCCACCAGCAGAGGUGCAGUACGUCCAUGGAUGACAGCACGUCACAGCUACAUGCAUUCACCCCUUCCCUAAUAGAAGUGGAGAGUGGUCCUGUGUACAACACAUCACGCGACAAGACCCCUGUCCCUCUUCAUCACCAUGGAGAGGAUGUUUGCCAGCCCAUUGCCAUCUCGAGCCCCACGUCAGUGCGAAGUCCACUUCUCCGCCAGCGACGAGUGAUGUGUUUUGAGGAAGAGUUCAGUGAUGAAGAGAACUCGGACAACACUGGAAACGCUGAGCACUCCCACAGACUAACAAAAUCUGACUCUGAUAAAUUGAGUGAUGCCCAAGCUUCCCAAUUUUCCAAAAGUGAUUCAAUGGGUGUUGUUGCUACAUCUGUUACAUCAUCAUUAGAUGUAGGUGGAGACAGUGAAGAUGGUGGGGAUUUAAAGAGGUGUGGAAGCAAUGAUAUGACAACUUCACUCGAUGGUAGUUUCUCACAGCGAGAGGAAGUCAUCCGUUCUCCCUUUGACGACAAAGCAGGGGUGGCAAGCAGUACGGGCUCUGUGUCCAGUAAUCUGACCCUCAGUAGUGAGAACCAUACAAAUCAAGAUGAUGGACAGUUGGAGUCCAAGCGCUCCCCCAAGCUUGAGCAUAAAGCAGUUACGCGGGUCAAAAGUAUGAUGAGCAUUGAAGCCCCAAACCUGCCCCAGCAGCCAAAGUCCAAAGUUGAUGAGCUCUCUCUGUCACAGCCCUUAUCCCAGCCUACACAGUGUGGGAGAAGCCCUGGGGUUGCUGGUGGGUCGAUAUCCCAUCAGCACUGUAAGAAGGGAGAGAUCAGUGAACUCUUGGGUGUUUGUGCCAUUGACACUGUGACCCUGAGGAGAAGUGAGGACGAGUCUUUCGGGCUUGACCUGGAAAUCAUGUCAUCCCCUCUAAGAGUUGUCAUCACAGGGUUGAAGCCUGGAGGUGCAGCAGAAAGGGGAUCUUCAGCCCUUCUGUGUCCUGGAGAUGAGAUUGUAAAAAUUGGAGAAAAGCUAGUGUGUUCUUCUAGCUACCAGGAAAUCUGUGAUCUGAUGCACAACCUUCCUAUGACACUGUGCUUGGAGGUCAAGAAACCAGUUUCAGCUGUAGAUCAACUGUCCAGUUUGAUAAUUUCGUCAGGGAGCAUUGAUGGAGCCAUCAGACGGAAUCCAGCCAGAGCUGCUCACGGAACAUCCCAUGAAGGACAAAUGAUCUGUGCAAAUUCAGGGAAUUCCAACCACACGACCCACACAGAUCAUGACUUUCACAUACCCAUCACCAAUAUAGAUGACAUUUUAUCAGAAGUGAGCCUCUGUGUUGAUAAAAAUACACACAUGACACCCUCCUCCAAAACAUCAUUGAAUGAGCCUAUACCCUGCUGUUCAAGCCAACAUACUGUGGCCCUGUCGGAAGAGGCUGCCAUUCACGCUCCAACGCAGCCCAGUCCCCUGGACUGCUCCACCCUGGUUGCAGGAAAUGAGAAAUGUGCCACCCCACUUGUGGAGACAAUACAUGUGAAACAACCAAAGGAAAAGUCUGGGUCUAAAAUGAUGUACCCCAUAGGAGAUGACAGUGAUUCAAACAGUGAAUCCACCACUGACAGUGUAAUGGUCAAUAAGAUAGUCAGCAGUGGUGGACAUCUUCAUGAGCCCUCUUCAGAUGAGGAAGAAGUGGAGAUUUUUUAUUCUGAUGCGCAGCAACCUGCUGCAGGUGGACACUUUUAUUUAGGCCAGUCACCAAAUGGGCCCUCACCUUUUCAAGAUGGCAGCAGUCAAGAUACCAACCUGACUCAGACCUGUGAUGUGAUGCAGGUUUCCUCUGAGGUCUCAGCGGGUUACAAAGAAAGCUCUGUGACAACAAGCCAGUGCUUACAGCUUUCUCAGUUGUUCAGGGACUCCUCCACAGACCAACCACGCCAAUCUUCUAAUGGUACAAUACCCAUUUCUUCCACAGAGUGCCACAUUAAUAGUGCCAUACAAUCCUGUGACAAAGUAUGCAUGGCACCCAGAUCUGGUAGCCUAAGCAUUUACAGCAGCCCCUCCCCAUCAGGUACUCAUAGUGUCACAGAGGGAAUGACUGCAAAUCUGCAUGCAGAUGCCUCGCUAACCUCAGAUUUACAGAAGCAUUUGAACAGAAACCAGACCCUCUCACCUUUAAUGGAAUCAGAGGUCUCAUGUUCACACAUUAGUAGAGCAGACACAAGAGUGCCAGCAUCAGUGACAAACAAAGAAAUAGUCUUGAAAUGUAGAACUAAUUUAAACCCCCGUGCUACCUCAUCACUUGCCAAGACCUCUAGCCCAAACCUUCUUAAUAAUUCAGACUGUCCUGUGUGGAGCAGUAUCUUUAAACUUCAGGUUGAAUCUCAAAUCAGACCAAACACUGCUCCCAAACUGAAAGGCCUAAGUAUUAAGACUAAGAACAAACUACAGGAAGAGCCCCUCCAAAAACCUACCAGAACUGAAAGUCAGUUUUCUUCAAACACGUAUACCUCUUUGAUCCAGUCAGCAAAAUUAUCACAAGUGGCAGACAUGUCCAGUUGUUUGAUGACCAAUAACCAGACUGAUAUGAACAGCUGCCUUGCUUUGCCAAAAGUUAGCGACAUAAGGCAAGUUACACCUGAGCACAGGCUUGCAGAUGGCACAUUACAAACUGUGCAACUAGCCAAGGAGAAUGGCAUCCAAUUAGGAUCCAAAGCAACAGCCAAACCACAGGGCCAAUCACUCCAACAUUCCACUCAGAGAACAUUUAUAGAAGUACAGCUGUCUUCCUUAUCUGGUUCAUCCUCACCACUGCUGACACACUACGAAAAAGUUUAUUCAGAAGACUCUAAGCACACUCAAAGAGGCCCACAUGCAAGAUUAUCACCAAUGCUUUUUCCUGACCUUUCCACGGAAGAAAAAACUAAUGCCAAGGUCUUCAACACAGGUUUUAAUUCACUGUGUUCUACUAAAGAAACUAACUCAACCCCAAGUAAUGGCUUAAACCUCACUUCUAUUGUGGAGACAAGUGGCCCCCCAAAGUCCAGCACAUCCAGACUGCACAUAAAGACAAUGGAGAGGCGAAGUUUCCCAACAGACAACACCUUGUCAGCAGACUACAAUCCCUUCUCUGUCCGACAUAAGAUAAAGUCUUUUGAAAACCUGGCUCAUUUUGACAAGCCUGUGGCUAGAAACAAUGACAUUCAGUCGUAUGCUCUGGCAUAUAGAGCCUCACUUAACCAAAGGAUUGCUGGUUAUAUUGGUUUGGUCAAUUCUAUUGGCUGCCGGACACAGCAAAGGGGUUUUACUUCUUAUGUGGCGAAUCAAACCCCUACCACCCCCUGCUCACCUCCUCUUGGUAAAUCGAGGUCUAGCAUUACACCAAUGAACCUUGAAUAUCCAGAUACAAGCUGCAACACAGCUCCCCUGUUGGAGGACAAUCCUGAGGCUGAGGUUCGAAAUAUGCCAUAUGGGAUUACUUCACAGACCCCUCCGGUGCUGCGGAGGAAACAUGGCAAACUUCCCCGCAGCAGGAUGCAGCAGCUCAGGGCCCUCAGUAUGCCUGAACUGGAAAAGCUAUGCACAGAGGACUUUGCCAGAGAGCAUGGUACAACCAUAGAUCAAACUGAGCCUGGCAUCCAUCCUACAAGUCUUUCGGAUGCCUCAGGAACUGAGAGGUGUCCACACUCUGCAACCCUGACAAAAGUUGAUAUGAACAUGGUGAACCAAGUCGAGCCUGGAUUUACUGAGGAGACUCCUCAUAGACCCUCAGAGACCCUUGGACAACAGCCCAGCUGGUCAAUCAGUUUAAAGGAGCUGAGUACUUCUCCUGUGAGUCAGUGUAAGCUGCAAACACUGUUGCUUUCCCCGACUGCUAGAUCAUACGUGUUGUCCCUGCUUCAGGAGGCCAGGGCCCUCUCUGAGGUUAAUGUCAAAACUCAGCUUGUGGUCCUGAGUAAAGAAGAGGGCUCAGGGCUUGGUUUUAGUAUUGCUGGUGGAGUUGACCUUGAGCAGAAGGCAAUAACUGUUCACCGGGUCUUCACCAAAGGUGCAGCUAGCCUCGAAGGCACGAUCCAGAGAGGCGACAGCAUUCUAUCCAUAAACGGCACAAGUCUGGAGGGUAAAACCCAUGGAGAGGCUGUGUCCUGUCUUCACCAGGCCAGGCUGACCAGUCAAGCCUUAGUAGUCAUUUGGAGAGACAGUGAACUGAGUCUCUCUGACAGACGUGACUCGGUCAGCCAGACAAACAGUGUGCAUUCUCCCAGGAAGUCUUUGGAAGCCGGGGCAGUGUUGAAUGGUGGUCAAGAUGGUGCUUUAAUGGUGGAGCUUCAUAAGACCUCUGCUGGCCUGGGCUUCAGUCUGGAUGGGGGGAAGUCUUCAAGUCAUGGAGACAGGCCUCUCACUGUCAAACGCAUCUUUAAAGGAGGCGCUGCAGAGCUGUCGGGGCUUAUCGAAGUUGGCGAUGAGGUCCUAUCUAUCAAUGGCUGUUCUCUGGAAGGCCUCAUGCACCAUGAUGCCUGGAAAAUCAUCAAAGCCACAAAUGACGGACCCAACCAACUUCUCAUUCGCAAGUAGAUGACCUGACUGUAAUGAACAAAAUAUGGAAACCUCCUGAGAAGGGACAAUGUGAAGCUUCCUUUAAAACAGGGUAUGGAUGAGCAGCAGAAAGCAGGACACAUUUUUUUCACUUUUCUACAAAUUUUCUGAUGGACUCCAUUUGAAAUUUUGCGUUUUGUCUUGUUACCUGUGUUUGUACUAUAAAUAGGUCAAAUUUGAUUGACCUCUUAUUAUUGUGGUGUAUAAUGCUGAAUUAUGAUUUAUUUCAGAUGGGAAGUGCAGUUUGUUUACAGUAGAUUUACUUUGGAAUUAUAAAAUAUGGUUCUUGGUUGUGCUUUCUUAAAAUAAAGUCACUAUGUGAAAAGAC